AUGUCGUUUGCGGUUAAUUGGAAGAACCUCUAGCACAAUCCUAAAUUGUAAACAGAAGAUAAAUCACAAGCUUCUUCUGAGAAAAUAAACGAGACCCCUCCUUGAAAAGUCCAUUAUAUCCAAUAUAUUUAAUUUAUUAAAUUAAGUAUUUUGUUUAUUCCAAUCUUGGCCCCAGACAUCGAACUAAAAUUGUUCGGAUUUCCUGACGUAAAAUGUGUAGCUGGAGAGCAUUGCUCGUGGUUGCCAUCUCGUGGAUACUGGCCGCGCGAUGCUCAGCACAAGCUGAUCAGGAAGCGCAGAAGAAUGUCCUGGAUACUGCCGCUGCUGCUGGACUCACCGACCUGGUCAGCUGGAUUGAUGUCGCCGACCUGGACGAGAAACUCAGAGAAGAUGGCCCACACACUCUGUUCGCCCCCACGAACGCAGCGUUCGGCCGCCUGCCUCCUGCGCUGGUGUGGCGCCUCAAGACGGACGACGAGUUCCUCAGGAGCGUCCUGGAGUAUCACGUCGCGCCCGGCCGCUGGGCCGUCGUCGAUCUCGCCGCUCGAGGCCAAACGACCAGCAUGCAGGGCGAAGACAUCCAAGUGGCCGUCGGGCGUAACCGUCUGGGACGGUCGCAGCUGCUGAUUCUUCAGAAAAAUGCAAACGCGACCGUCAUUGGGGCCAACAUGGCGGCCAGCAACGGCAUCGUGCACGCCAUAAACAGAGUGCUGCUACCCCCCUCUCUGCAGCCAGAACCGAGCAUUGAGGACCUGAUGCUCAGAGCUGGCAACUUGAACACAUUCUUGGGUCUGGUCGAGAGUGCCGACAUGAUGAGCACGCUCAGAGAGGGAGGUCCGUUAACGUUGUUCGCCCCGACCGAUGACGCCUUCAAUUCAGUGGAUCCUUCGAUCCUUCGUCAGCUGCGACGAGAACCUCGUCUGCUGAAGGCCGUCAUCCUCAGCCACAUCGUCAACAAAGAUCUCAGCUCCUUCGACCUCAGAACGAAAACUGUUGAGCUCAACAGCCUCGGGGAACUCAUCGUCUUCAGGACUGUGGGGUCUGUUGUGCUGGUGAACACAGCACGGCUGCUGCAGGAGGAUCUCAUCGCCCAGAACGGCGCCCUGCACAUCAUCAGUGACCUCCUCCUGCCCUCCAUCAACGCCCUCGGCAGCCAGGGCCUCCCGUCGAAGUCGAACCUCUUGGAAGAGCUUCAGAUGAACGGUCUGACGAUCUUCACUGACCUCGUGAAAAAGAGCGGAAUGGCGCUGAUCUUCCAAAACGGCGAUCCGUUGACGAGCUUCGCCCCCUCGAACAAAGCCCUGAGUUCACUGCCGCGUCAGGAGGUCAGGAGGCUCACAGAGGACCUGGACCAUCUCCGCAAGGUGGUCAGCCGCCACAUCCUGGCAGAGGUGCUCCCCACAGGGAGCUUCGUGCCCGACUCCCUCAAAAAUAACUUUGCCGGCGAGAAGAUACGCAUCAAUGUUUAUAAGCGACCCAGGGCUGGAGAUGUAUACACCGCUAACGGGGUGCAGUUGACAGUUCUAGACGAGCGCGGUUCUAACGGCAUCCUUCACAUCAUCGACGGUAUCCUGCCGCCUGCCAACCACACCGCCAUCGAGACGCUGCAGUCACAGCUUAGGUUCUCAACCUUCCUGUCUGGUCUGCAGGCGUCAGACCUCAUCGCUACACUCAAGUCAGGUGAGUGGUCUGCAGGCGUCAGACCUCAUCGCUACACUCAAGUCAGGUGGGUGGUCUGCAGGCGUCAGACCUCAUCGCCACACUCAAGUCAGGUGAGUGGUCUGCAGGCGUCAGACCUCAUCGCUACACUCAAGUCAGGUGGGUGGUCUGCAGGCGUCAGACCUCAUCGCCACACUCAACUGCGGACGGGCCUGGGUAGCGAUGGUCACAUCCUGGUCUCGGCAGGAGGAGGGAAGGUGACGAAGGUGAUUGAGACGGACAUCGUCGUCUCGAACGGCGUUAUACACGUCGUUGAUACCGUCCUUUAG